UGCGGGCAUCUGCGUGUGAAUGUGUCAGUGCAAAAUGAAAUAAUUUAUUAUUUUCUUUGUUUAUUUUCUGUAUGUUAAUUUCAUUUAGUUCUUAUCGUACUUUCUUAGUUUGUUUUAAUCAAAACUUAUGCUUUUAUUGUUUGAUGUUAAGUUUUGAAUAUGGGUACAAGCACAAUGGGUAGCGAUUUACAUUCCGAUAAGCAAGACAAAUUACUGAAACUGCAAGCUCGAAAGAAAGAACUAGAGCAAAUGCUAGCAUCUAAAAACGAAGAACUUUAUAAGUUAUGUGUGCAAGAAGUUCAAUUAACGGGCAUCAUGCCUCCAGAAGCUCCUCUUACUCCGGAAGUACCACAAAGAGAGAGAUUGGGAAGUGUACGUAGUGUUGACAGGUCUACUGACGGUAACGACGUUCAUGAUGGAUCAGAUAAUUCGUCUAGACGGCUUCGAAACGGUCCUGACCGUAUUCACGAUUCCGAUCCGAAUCUAAGAAAGAAUAGACUAUCAACUCCGUCGAUAUCAGGUAUUUCAUCAAAAACUUCGCACUCAAGGCAUGUGCGCCGACCUGAAACAAGCUGUUCCAAUUUUUUCCCGUCGCCUCCACAAGAACGUAAUCCUGAAACCUUUUCUAUUCAUACCUCUCAUACUUAUCCCGCUUUGGCUGGCCGUCAUGACAUGCCAACAGAUAACAUUCAAAAUGAACUACACCAGGGUCCAGUUUACCGACAUCACACUUUGACUACGGAGUAUACAAAUAAGUACUACUAUACUAAUACAGGUGACCCGCAAAAUGCAACACGCUUACGAGAGACUCAUUUUAGUUCGAGUCACCCUGACAUCACAACUCAUUACACCCAUGGGACAAUAUCCACUCCCCCAGUUCCCCCGCCGAAUGGUAUGCGUAAUACACCACUUUUAUACCAAUAUGCAUCUCAUUUGAAGUCACAGAAUCAGCAUCUUGGAGCACUGAAUCACAACCAUCAACCUAUGCAAUCCAAAAGAAGGAGUGACGGUGUCCGUCGUAAUACUCUGCAGCGCACUCAAACAUAUCAUCUCACAUCACAUAGUGAUUAUAACCAGCACUUAGAAAAUAUGACAGAUGCAUAUCGACCACCGAUGCCUGUGUAUCAGCAUAGAUCACAACCAGAUAUACAGGAGCAGCCAGUAGAUAGACGACAAAUAUUAAUGGAACGAAACAUUCCAGUUCCAAACACACUUCCGUUGCGGGAACGGAACACUAUACGAAAUCCAUUGCACCUACAACUACAGGUGUCCACGGAUGAUUACGGACUUGAUGAACGUAGAAAUUACCCCAACACUAUGAGUCCUGUAAGUCAAAUGUCCGGACAUUCACACAGCAACUUUGAUUCUGUGAGUAUGAACAAAUUCUCACCCCUUUCUCAAGAUUCGAAAGUAAAGGAGAAACAAUGGUAUGAGACAGCAUUGGACUCUCCAACAAAAGCGGAUCCACCAUUACUGAAAAAGAGCUCAAGUAUAAAACGGACCCCAAGUAUAGGUAAUUCACAAACAUAUGAAAUAAUGAUUUCUUCAGGUCGACACUCAGCUAUGCAGAGUCCAAACUAUAUACCAAAUAGUCCACCAGUGUUGUCGCCUAGCGCUGUGUCUUUGGAGUCACCUAAAAAUCUCACUGUCAUCGAACAAGGUAAAUGCAUACCAUACAGAGAAGAAACGAAACCUUUUGAAAUGUCCGAUUUCUAUAAAUACUCUACAAAGUUCCGACAAGCAAAUGUCCAGAAGGCACCAAGUUCAGCUCAUAAUCCUGGUACAAUUUAUAAUAAAAUGCCCAUGGAAUUGCCGUCUUACAGCCAAGAUCACUGGCACAGUCACGGUAAUUAAAUAUUUAAAAGCUCGGUUUAAUUCUGUUCCAUAAAUCUAUGUUUUUGUAUUUAUAUUUUGAUUAGUUUAACUUUAGGUACUUAAAACAUGAACAAGAUCUCUAGAAUAUUUAGCGGCAUUUCUAUCUAUCAAAAACUAAAAUUUUUUAAAUAAUUUAUAUGUAAGAAAUGCUUGGGUUCUCUGGAAAAUUGUGAAACUGUUAUCUGUGAUAUCUGUAUAAGAAUUACGAAUUAGUAAUUCACGACUGUUUGUUAUCGGUAAUGAUGAAGUUAUUUACAAAAAAAAUAAAUUACUAUUAAAGUAGAAUCGUUCAUGACAUAUCAAGGAAUAUUAAGGAUAACAGAGUUACAUACAGAAUGGUAUAGAAAUUUAUUUAAGAAAUUUAAAUAUUAAUCAUUUUUGUUUGUGUAAAGGGUGAAUCAUGUAAAAUAUAUUAUUUAUGAAGGGUUAGUCUCAAUAAUAAAUUCGAGUUAGUUUUUAUAUUAGUUAAUUUAAGCCAUUUUUAUAAUACGAGAAAUUUAAAUGACCGAAGAAGAGAUGUUAGGAUUUAAAUUCGUUUGGAUAUUUGAUUUUAAUUUGCACAAGGUUACUUUACUUAUAGACACUCUGUAUUUAUAUAUUUUGUCUAUUUCAUUAUUAAAAAUAGUUUGUACAUUUAAAAAUCAUUAUAAUUCUAUCUAUUGUGAGAAUUUGAAUUCUAAAAUCUCCUUUAUUUAUUUAAAUUUCACUUAGGGUGACCAUAUUUUAGUGUCUGUAACAUAAUUGUGACAGUAUAUAAAAUAUGUCUACCCUUGUGAUGAUGCCUAGGUCCCACCGCUUAAUACAAUGUCUACUACACAAUAAGCUUAUUAAUUAUUUACUUUGCCAAUAUAUUGUCAACCUUGUAAACAUUGCUUGCCCGCCUUUUUUGCUAAAUAAUUGCCAAACGUCUGAAUUUUUCAAUGAUUUACGACUUAUAUUUUGAAAGAUUCUAAAUUCAAAGAUAAUCUAUUUUUUUUUAAAAGUCUGUCCAGUGUAGUGUUUGAAUUACGAAAUGAUUAUUCAUAAUUUUUUUUUUCUUUAAAUUCUCUCAAUUAAAACUAGUAAAUGUAAUCAUUUAACAAGUACAAAGGUCCCCUGUUCUAGUCUGCGAUGUUUGCAGCUAAAGUUCAAAUUAACGACUGAUUAAAACCUAAUUUCCAGUGCCUGUGGAAUAAAUUUGUAAUACUUGCCAAGCAAAUUGUAACCUUCAUGACUGCCUUAGUGUAUCAAUUGAUAUGUGUAUUUGUAAUUUAGUCUACAUAAACACUAUUGCAAUUGAGAAUUGCGUUUAUGUAAAAUUAACGAGAGUAUAUAUUUUUGUAUCUCGGUUACAAGCUGUAUAAUUGGGUUGAAAUAAAUGACAAUUAUUAUCUGUG